UCUGCUAAAUUAUAAUUUUGCAGAUAUAUUUGCGUACUUUGUGUGAACAAAAGUGCAGAUUUCAUCUACUAUUCAUUGUAAUGAUUGCCUUACGUUAGCUAAUGUUAGCUAGCUUUUUGCUACCAACAAAGAAUUUGUUGAAUUGCUAAACCUUCCCGGUCAGUGUUCCUCCCCUUGGGGGUUUUCCUGCUUCAGUCUGGUGGACCCAACCAUUAGUGUGUUGCAUAGGGAGGUGAAGCCCUGAAGAUGGAGAAUGGACAAGGCACAGGCUCCAAGCUUGGCCUGCCGCCUCUCACUCCAGAGCAGCAGGAGGCUCUGCAGAGGGCAAAGAAGUAUGCCAUGGAACAAAGCAUUAAGAGUGUGUUGGUGAAGCAGACCAUUGCCCAUCAGCAGCAGCAGCUCACCAAUCUGCAGAUGGCAGCAGUGACAAUGGGCUUUGGAGAUCCUCUCUCACCUUUACAAUCGGUGGCAGCUCAGAGGCAGCGUGCGCUGGCAAUCAUGUGUCGGGUUUACGUGGGCUCCAUUUACUACGAGCUGGGAGAGGACACCAUCCGGCAGGCCUUCGCCCCCUUCGGCCCCAUCAAGAGCAUCGACAUGUCCUGGGAUUCCGUCACCAUGAAGCACAAGGGGUUUGCCUUUGUCGAGUACGACGUCCCAGAAGCUGCUCAGCUGGCUCUGGAGCAGAUGAACUCAGUCAUGUUGGGGGGGCGAAAUAUUAAGGUUGGGCGGCCAAGUAACAUCGGUCAAGCGCAACCCAUCAUUGACCAACUCGCAGAAGAGGCGCGCGCCUAUAACCGAAUCUACGUCGCGUCCGUUCACCCGGACCUGUCAGACGAUGACAUCAAGAGUGUAUUUGAAGCCUUUGGAAGGAUCAAGUCUUGUAUGUUAGCCAGAGAUCCCACUUCAGGGCGACACCGAGGCUUCGGCUUCAUCGAGUACGAAAAGCCUCAAUCAGCCAUCGACGCUGUUUCUUCAAUGAAUCUUUUUGACCUGGGGGGUCAGUACCUGCGUGUUGGCAAAGCUGUGACCCCGCCCAUGCCCCUACUAACUCCCACAACCCCAGGUGGGCUUCCACCUGCUGCAGCCGUGGCUGCGGCGGCAGCCACUGCUAAGAUUACGGCCCAGGCAAGUAUGAAUCCCUUCCAAAGGGAUUUAAUGGCCUUCCAGGAGGCUGUAGCUGGUGCGUCAGUCUUGGGGGCUUUGGCAGCGCCCCAACUUCUCGGUCAGCAAAUAGGAAUACCUCAAGCUGUCAUGGCUGCCCAGGCUCCAGGAGUCAUUACAGGUGUGACUCCAGUGCGUCCUUCCAUACCGGUGAUUCCACAAGUGGGCUUGGUGAACCCCGUUCUGGCGUCGCCGCCGGUCCUUUCUAACCAAGUGGCCAGCGCCAGCCAGCAAGAGAAGAAAGAGGAGAAGGAGGAGGCUCUCCAGGACGGAACGGGCCAGGAGAUGCUGAGCGACCAGGAGCACAUGAGCAUCUCGGGCAGCAGCGCCAGACAUAUGGUGAUGCAGAAGCUGCUCAGGAAGUCUGAGUCUACGGUGAUGGUUCUCCGGAACAUGGUCGGUCCAGAGGACAUUGACGACGACCUGGAAGGAGAAGUGACGGAGGAGUGCGGCAAGUUCGGCACCGUCAACCGGGUCAUCAUCUACCAGGAAAAGCAGGGCGAGGAGGAGGAUGCAGACAUCAUCGUCAAGAUCUUUGUUGAGUUUUCCGCGGCCUCAGAGAUGAACAAAGCUAUCCAGGCUCUCAACGAUCGCUGGUUCGGAGGUCGGAAGGUCGUCGCUGAAGUCUACGACCAAGACCGUUUUAACAGCAGCGACCUCUCUGCGUGAAGAUUGAAACGGUUCAGCAGCUCAAACCCGGUCUAGUCGCCCACUCGGUUCCUUCACUUGUAAUUAUGUUUUUAUUUUCUCUUUUAGAAAAAUUUUUAAAAAUAAAAAAAAAAGCUGUUGUUGGUUAAAGCUCCAUGGGGAGUAAUUCAUCUGUUUUUUUUUCUUCUCUGUGAUCUAUGAAAAACCUUUUUGUGCAGAUGUUUCUUUUUUUUUUUUUAAACCAAACUCAUUAAAUGUCUUUUUUUUUCUAGUUUUUUUUCUGUUAUGAAACUUACUGGACAUGUCAACAGUUUUCUUUUUACGAUUAAAGCGUAUUGUUGGUCCACUAA